AUGGAGUUUGAUCCCAAAACCCCGCAAUACCUCACCUCCGACAAGUCGAGCUUUGCCUCUGUUUCUGCCCAUGAGCGCUGGCCAGUCAUUGUCACUGGUGCCAUUGACGAUCUUUAUCGCACCGUUGGCGAUGUGACCGACGAGGAGAAGCGCAGGGAGGGAAAGGCCAUCAUCGAAAAAUUGGCCACGUUGAAGUAUGAACUCCAGCAUAACAGACAGUUAACUCCCCUUCCCAACGAUGGCAAAGCCGGCAUUACAGAGUAUAACAAGGAGUUGGAACAACGGGGAAACCCUUCAUGGCACAAUGUUCCAUGGCUGUACUCCGAAUGCUACCUCUACAGGCGCAUUAGCACCUUUUUCGCAUUGUCUACGCAUUGGAAGGAUUAUGACGUGUUCGCCCGCCAGAAGAUAUCCACGUUCAAAUCCUCCCGGCCUGCUGUUCUGGAAUUGGCUGCCAGGUACAAGGAACUGGCUCUGGAAGCAGAGAAAGGCCAGGGCGCCGGUGGCAAGACCCCCGAGGAAAUUGAACAAGCAGAUCGACUGCUCUUUUCCGAGAUGUGUGAGAUCUGCUUGUGGGGCAAUGCUACUGAUUUGUCGCUCUUGACUUCUCUCACUUACGAGGACAUCCAGAAGUUGCAGGGUUCUGAGGCACGAAAGGCCGCCGAGAAGAAUAUCAUCGUCAACGACCUGAACACCGCCUUUGAUGUCCUUCAAAAGGCUCGCAAGGAACGAAAGACCGAAGAGCGUCGGGUGGACAUCGUCCUCGAUAACUCCGGUUUUGAGCUCUUUGUGGACCUCGUCCUGGCUGGAUAUCUUCUCUCUGCUGGCCUGGCGACCACGGUAGUGCUGCACCCCAAGCAGAUUCCCUGGUUCGUGUCGGACGUCACUCCUCCGGACUUCAUGGAUCUCAUCACGGCACUCUCCGACCCGCAGGGUUUCUACACGGCCCCCGACGACUCCGGGAGACAGCACGACCCGCUGUCCGAAAAGGAGCUGUCAGAGGUGAAGUUUCUCUUCGAUCAAUGGACCCAGUUGCACCAGGAUGGGAAGCUCAUUAUCCGCCCACAUGCUUUCUGGACUGCACCAGGAGGCUACUGGCGUAUGCCGCAUGUGGCGCCAGACCUGUUCGAUAAUCUCAAGGAGAGCGAGCUUGUUCUGUUCAAAGGUGAUCUCAACUACCGCAAGUUGACCAACGACGCUGCAUGGGACCCCACCACCCCAUUCACCACUGCCAUCGGUCCUCUUGGCCCCAAUUCCGGCGUCCGUGUGCUCGCCUUCCGCACCUGCAAAGCCGACACCGUGGUCGGACUGCCUCCGGGACAAGACGAGAGGCUUCGACAGCUUCCGGGCGGCGGCGGCCCCGAGGCGCGUAAAUGGGCCUGGAAUGGCAAGUGGGCUGUUGUGUCUUUCUGUGAUGGAAAGGCAUGA